GUCACUCGGCUCUCUCUCUCUCUCCAUUCUUCCUUUGCAAUCAAGAACCUCGGGAUUCGUGCUGAUUCCAACAAGAUUCAUGGCCCAAUUCUUCUUCAGAUUUUGGACUUGAAGAACUACUGAGUAGACUUUGCUUAGAGAUCAUUUCCUUAAAAUAUUAUAUUCUUUGGGAUUAGAGAUGGUAGCAGAAUCGUGGUUUCGCAGUCUUUGGAAAACUCCACGGAAGCAUGAGGGUGGUCAUGAUUUAUUGGUUGGAGUACUGGCCUUCGAAGUUGCAAGCUUGAUGGCGAAGCUGGUUCAUCUAUGGAAAUCUUUGAGUGAUAAGCAGGUUGUUAAGUUGAGGGAGGAGAUCGCGAAUUCAGUGGGUAUUAAGAAGCUUGUUUCAGAUGACGAUGACUAUGUUGUUAAUUUGAUAUGCGCGGAGAUGUUAGAGAACUUAGGACACGUGGCAAGAGCAGUGGCCAGGCUUGCAAAGAAGUGUAAUGAUCCAUGUUUGAAGAACUUUCAACACGUCUUUAAUGAUCUGAUCAAGAUUGGUGCUGACCCGUAUGGAUGGCAUUUUACAUGGAGGAAGAUGGAUAGGAAAGCUAAGAAGAUGGAACGGUUCAUUUCGAUGAAUGCAAAUUUGUAUCAGGACAUGGAAUCUCUUUCAGAUCUUCAACAUACUCUGAGGAGAAUGAAGAAUAAUGAUGACUCGGAUAGCAUAACUUUGGCUGAAUAUGCGAAGAAGGUUGCAUGGAAGCAGCAAGAGGUGAAGCAUCUGAAGGAUAUGUCUCUCUGGAACCGAACCUAUGAUUACAUUGUUCGCCUUUUGGCAAAAUCUUUGUUCACAAUAUAUAGCAGGAUUGGACAUGUGUUUGGAAUUAGUCACAUGGUAGAUGUGGAAAUCAAAGACUCAAGGGUUUUGGAUUCCGACUUUAUUCAUCGCAGUCACUCGGUUUCCGCAUUGAUACAAUCUUCAGUUCACCCAUCUGAGAAUAGUAUUCUUAGGUUUUCUUCAGGUCCCUUGGGGGAUCUGACUACUAAAUCUGGCCCAAUUACAAUAACAAAUAGAACUAAUAAUUUCUAUUCUGGCCCUCUUGGGAACUCAACUACCACAGUGAGCUCAAAUUCUAGAAAUAAUAAGGCUACGAACUUCUAUUCAGGUCCUCUUGGAAUGUCAACGACAAAAUCCGGCCCAUUAGCUAGAACAAAGAAAACUGCUCUCAGGUUGUGGCAAAUUCGUGAUUUCUCAUCUACCCUUCAAGGAAAAAACCAACAUCCAAAAGUGAAUCGGUUGACUCCAUCAGGACCUUUUAAAGGAUGCAUGAUGGGCAGAAACAGUUCUCCUGUUCAAAAUAGCAAUUUAGUCGCAAGUGGUGUUCACGAUAAUCCAUCAGUCAUCGAUUCGAAGCCCAGGUUGUUGAAUGCACCUCCUGAAACACUUGGCGCUGCUGCUUUAGCACUGCACUAUGCAAAUGUCAUUAUUGUAAUUGAGAAGUUAGUGGCGUCUCCACACUUGAUUGGUCACGACGCAAGAGAUGAUUUGUACAAUAUGUUGCCGGCAAAUGUAAGAAUGGCCCUCAGGGAAAGGCUACAGCCAUACACCAAGAGCCUGACUUCAUCGGUUUGCGAUACAGUUCUUGCGAGAGAGUGGAGUGAGGCAAUGUCGGGAAUAUUAGAAUGGUUAGCUCCGCUUGCCCAUAACAUGAUAAGAUGGCAGUCCGAGAGGAGUUUUGAACACCAGAACCUAGUUUCCAGGACAAACGUGCUUCUAGUACAAACGCUUUACUUUGCAAAUCAAGAAAAAGCAGAAGCUUUGAUUACCGAACUUCUUGUUGGUCUAAACUAUGUGUGGAGAUUCGGCAGAGAAGUCAAUGCCAAAGCUUUAUUGGAGUGUGCCAGUGGUAGAACAUUCGAUAAUUCUUUGGACUUGGAUGGGUAUUAAUACUUUCAGGUCGUGGCAAUCACGCAAGGAUCCUAAUUAAGAUAACAGUGGACCGGUUCAGGAGUUGUAUUGGACAAAGGUUCCAACGAUUGGGCCUCUCUGCGAUGCUUUUCAGCAACUUUGGCAAAUGUUUUGGCAAUUGCUCAGUGUUGAAGGUCAAGGAUCUUAAAAUUGGAUUCUUUAAUACGAUCAAGGCAUUCUUCGUGCAGUUGAGGACCUUGAGGUAUGGUAAGUGCAUCCAAACACUCUCUUUUCUUGGGUGAGUAUUGAUGAUCUUUUUUCUUUAGCCACUUAAAUUUGGCUGUGAUGUUUACUCUUCAAGGUAGAAUCCAUGUCCUAUAAUUAGGCCGGUAUUGAUCGGUAGUUUCAAGACUCAUUUUUCUGCUAUUGUAAAAAUUUACUUGCAAAGGGGUUUUCUUCAUAUAUAUAUAUAUAGAAGAUAAUUUGAGGUUUGGUAUGCUGAAGUUUGGCAUGCUUCAUUGAAUGUGGUUUGUAUGAAUGUGAAGCUUUUCACAACCGUGGUGACAUUAUUUAAUCAAUGUUUGAAUUGAUUUGGUUA